AUGGCACUAUGGAUUCUUUUUCAGCUUCUAUCAGUGUUUGCAUGUGACCUUCCAGAUCUUCCUCCACUCCUCUCUUAUUUUUCGCCUUCAUUUGAAAACACGAAACAUCUAGAAACUUCAGGACGAUUUUUAGCGCCUGACGAAAGCUUAUCUUGGGAUUUGGCUUUAGCAGAAGACUCAUGGAUUAGGUAAAUUCUAUAUAGAUUAUCAGCAGAACCUAGGCUUCAUGACUUAAAAAUAUCAAUUUUGAAAGGAUCCAAUACCAUGCUGACUUCUAGUGCUGUACAAGAAGAAUUCUUAAUGAUAUCGAAUAAAUUGGGAAAAGGAAAUUAUGUUAUCAUAGUGACAGCAAUGAAUGCUAUCAUGAGUGAUGAAACAGACCAGAAAAAUGAAAAAGAUUGCAACCUCCCCAAUCUGUUUUUUAAUAUUGCAGUUCAUCCUUAUGCAAACCUGAAAGAACUUUUGCCUAAAUCGCUGGAAAACUACGCAGAAGGGUUUCCUGAUUUAUCUGAUGUUAGCGAUACUCUUCAAUCUUUUACCCCUUAUUCAGGGACUCAUUCCACUUAUAUUCUCGACACCUCAAAAAUUGAGAUGGGUGAUUCAGUACUUAACACCUUUGAAUUUACCAACCCAGAAAUCUCACAAGAGCUCAAAGAUAUUGGCUUGACUGGUCUUUGAAAGAUAACUUUUUCACUUCGUAAGCUUUAUAUUAGACUAUGAUUUCUUAACUGGAGGAGGAAUGGGCUUAUUAUUUUCAAAAUCGAAAACCAACCUAACCAAAUUUUCAAAGCUAAACUGUGUAAAGAGAGGCUCAUGCUUAUUUGGCAGAAGAGUUGACAAAAAUGCGGUCACUGUUUACUCUGGCUUUGGUGCAGGAAAAUUUGCGAUUACUGUAUUUUAUGCUGGCAUGACACUUGCUGAGCAUGAUAUGCUGAAUUCUCUAGGCGGUAAAAUCCCUUUUUCUCUUCAUGUGAAUAUUGAGCCAAUAAUCCAGCGAGAAGACCGCUUUAAUUGUGAAGCCGCCCACAUCCCUCAUUCUUUGAAUACUCCAGGACUUAUGGACGAUAAUGGUUUUCUUCGGUACUCAGAUCGUGUUAUAGCAGAUUUCCUCAAUGUAAAACAAGCUACUGAGUUUGAAAUCUCAAAGCCUUCAGUGCUAAGAGUAAUCACAGUAGAGCCUUCAGGAAUCGAUAUUGAUAUUUCACUGAAAAAUAGUCAAGGGAUAGAGAUUGGAAAAAGCAAUGCAAUUGGGGAAAGUGAAGGGAUUCUAAAAGAGCUGCAGCCUGGGAAGUAUUCAAUUGAGUUUGGAGUUUUGAAUAGUGUAAUAAAUGAUCCGAGACAUAAGUUUUGUGAAACGUUUAUAUUGGAAAUAGGGAUAUCUCCAAAUGAAGCAGUUAGAGGAUUUGCUGAGUUUUUGGGGAUGAAUGCUUGUGAAGAUAACACUUCGGAUUUAGCUGAUAAAUUUGCAAAAAUCGGCGAAAAUUUAAAUUCAACGAAAUCAAAAGUAGAUUUAAGCUCAACUCCUGGAGAUUUCUUUAGAGUUCCAUUAAAAUCAGUUGCCAAAGGGGAAGAAGUUGUAUUUCAAUCCACAUUUUAUCUACCAAUAUAUGCCUAUUGCUAUUUCGAUAUUUAUUCAGAUUUUGUUAUCAACGAUUUUACUAUUUCUCUAGAAAAAAGACUUCCAAGAGAAAACACAGAAAUAGUCAAAGGCGAUACCACAGAUUCUUUGAAGCUUGGAAAACAUGAUCGUAGGUCAUUCCAAGGAGCAUUAGCCCCAGGCACUUAUAUAUUUAGCAUCAAGUCUGGCCCAACUUCUAAAGAAAUAUCAUACACAACUAACGACUAUGAAAAUAUAGACUCCCCAGACAAUUAUAAAGUUUUACCUCACUGUGGAGCAUUUCAACUAACUCCCCCCCCCCUCCGUGAGUUAACAAAAAAAUUUUGUUCACUCACGGAGGGGGUUUAAUUUUUUUUUUUUUAAAAAAAUUUAUAUAUAAAUUUUCUAAAAAAUAUUUUUUUUCGAAAUUUAAAAAAAUCCUAAUUCGCAAAAAUUGGAAAGCAAAUAUUAAUUUAAUUUAUAAAAUUUAUGUUUUAAAAAAGCAAUUCGUUUAAAAUUAAACAGAAUUAACUCUAGAUUUCAUUAUAAUAAUUAUCAUUUAUAUAUAAAAUUUUUUUUCCAUAAAAAAUUUUUGUAUUAAAAAAAUUUUUGUUCACUCACGGAGGGUGGGUUUUUGGGCAAAAAAUAGGGAUUUUUCUAAUGGUUUUGUUCACUCACGGAGGGGGGGGGAGUAAGAGGAAAACUUGUAGGAACCACUGAAACCAAGCUAAAAAAAUGGCCAUGCUUCCAAGAAGACGCUCAGCUUUUCCCUCCUACUCUAAAUACCCUUGACAAAUUAGGUGUAAAAGAUACUCCAAGUGAUUAUUUGCCAGUCACAAAAGUGUUUAUUCCAAAUAUGAUGGCUCCGAAUUCCUAUACAAACGCUACCAAUGAUAUUGCAUUUUAUUUGAACAGUGAAAGCUUUAUUAGAGUUGCAGCUGAAAGUGAAGGCUCACCAAUGAGGGUUGCUUUGAUGAUGGGAAAAAGUACAGUUAUAAGUGAUGGAGCGCCUGGAGAAAGAGAUGUGGCAAUUUAUGGCUUUAACCAAAUUUUGAAGCAGCAUCAGACUUAUAGGCUUGUAAUUUCGUAUUAUCCUAAUUCUAAGGAUGCUUGUCAUACUUAUUCUUUGCUUAUUGAAAUUGCACCAAUAUCAGCUUUAACUGCUGGGUCUUCGCAGAAUUGCAAUGUGAAGCUCCCUGGAGGAGAAAUUAUGACUGAGCGUUUUCUUGAAAAUACAGGACCUAUCCUGUUUGGAUUUAAUAGCCCUGAAGGUUACUCUCAGCUGAUGAAUGAAAAUCAAUAUGAAUUUUUACAGUCUGCUAAACCAUUAAACAUUGAAAUCCCAUUCAAAAUCACAACUGAUGGCGCGUUGCUCACUGGCCACAUCCAGUCAGACUUCUUACAAAGUGGCCUAAUUCUCCAAGUCCUCAAAGAAAAAGAGAUCCUCGAAUACGGCAGCUUUGAAGCCUCCCAUAGAUUUGAGUUGCCAGCAUUCCCAUUAACCCAAGGAGAGUAUACCUUAGUUCUCAAAGAGUCUGGGAAAUCCCUCUACAAGUCUUGUGUGAAAUUCUCAACAAGCAUUAUAGUUGAAGACCUAUCAUUAUGGGAUGAUAUUGAAUCAAUGAUAAGGAAAAGCGAGACUUGUUCAUAUGUAGACCAGCCUGGGUCACUUAAUUUAGUUGGACAAAUCCAAACAGGAAACCUGCAUUGGCAUAAAGAACUGGAAUUAGAUGUAUUGAUGGGGGCAACUCUUUUUGAUUUUGUAAUUGAUGAAGAGUCAAUUAUAAGGGUUUUUGUGGUUCCACAAAAAGAAAUUACGUUUGAAAUAAACUUGAUGACGGCUGAGAGCAUUGUGGAGAGUGUUGAAAAGGCGACAGCUGAAGAAUUUAGCAGUGGACUACAUAAGAAAAUAAAGCCUGGAAGCUAUUUAUUGGAAAUCAGCUAUUAUAGUGAUGCAGCUCUGCCUUCGAGAAGGCUGUGCCCAAGCUUUGAAAUGGAUCUUCAAAUCAUUUCUAUGACAGAGUUUAACAAAAUCACUUCGAUUUAUCAGUGCUCAGGCCCAGCUUCUCUCCCAUCUGUUUUCGAUGCUAAAUCUCUCUUUUUAUAAGUAAACAUGUUUUUAAUAAUUUUUAUCAUAAAAUUUAUGAUAAAUUAAAUUCAAAUUUUUUUUUCGAAAAAAUUUAUAAUGUAUUGGUAAUAUUUUAUUUUACUUAUUUAUGGUAAAUUGAUUUUAAAAUGUCAAAAAAAUUUUGACAUGUCAUUAUAUAUAAAACUGAGUCUAUGGUAUGUUAAAAUUUUUUGACAUUUUAAAAUCAAUCUACCAUAAAUAAGCAAAAUGAAAUUUAUGCAAGGGAUAAUAAUUGAUUAUUGAAUGGUUAUUUACAAUAAAAUUUUAAUUUUUGAUGUAUAAGAAAUAAUUUUCCUGGCAGUGUAAGACUGGUAUAAAUGAAUUCAGCAUCAUGCAUAAUUCUCAAGCAAUUGACCAUUCUAUACCUCUUGAAUUUGCAAAAGACAGUGAAUUUGAAGCCAUUGUUGCGUUUGAAAAUGCUUUAUCAGGGUUUAUCUCCCUUGAGCUUUCUAACGAAAAUGGAGUUGUAGCAAGAUCGUUAGGUAUUGAAAAUUAUAGCGAGCUUAUAGUAGAUUUAGAAAAAGGGAGCUAUAUUUUACAUAUAAUUUCAUCACAUGGAGUUGAUAUUCCAAAUGCUUGUUGGCCGCUUCAAGUUUCUAUAAAGACAUCAGAUAUUAGUGAAGAACUUACAUGCAAUGGAGGCGAAUUGCCACCUUCUUUGACUUCAAAACAUUCAAAAGUUUUUGGAGGACCACAAGCAAGAGAUGGCUCCAUUUCUUUCCAUGGAACUUUUAAGAUAUACUGAUUUUGGUCAAUUUUUAUAUUAUAAUAAAUAUAAAGAUGGCUACAAUUAGAUAGUCUAGCAUAGAGUUAAUAUAUUAUAACCAAUCUAGCGCAAUAUAAAAGAUGAAAUAAGCUCAGAAGUGUUAAAAAUAUCAACACCAAAGAGCGGAAUCUUAUCUUAUCUUUAUAGAAUUUAUAGCGUUUAACGUCCACUAUGGGGUGACAACCCCAGGUACUAUCACUCGCCUUCAUCGCAUCGGGCCCACAGGUCGCUGGGGAUGGCCUGCUUCGAUCACCAGGGUGCUUCUUGGGAAAGUGUUCCGGCUUCGACGGCUCAUGGAUGAGCUACUUGCUUGUUACAUGGGCUGCUUUUCCGAAAACCCAAAAAAUGGAUUUUCUGGUCAGCUGUCGGCAAAAAGGAAAAAACACGUGGCCUGGGACGUAACGCCCAGUUUCACGCUAGAGACUUGCCGAUUGGUCCUAACGGACUCUGCUGAGCUUACCCUUUCCAACUCCGUGUCCUCCUUCCCCACGAGGAAAAAUCCACCCCUGAGAUUAGACUAGGACUAGGCUCUGAACACCACCAGAAUUGCUUACCUAGUAUUGCCGUCCAUCUCUAGAAUGGUAAAACCUUGCCGGAUAUAAUUAAAUAUGAGUCGAGGCUGCAUGGCCGGGAGGCCAUGCCCAGACGAAGACGCCAUAUUUAAUUAUCCAAAGAGCGGAAUCGCAAGAAUCAUGACUAUUUCAAACAACCCAAAAGUCAUCAUAGAAAGUGCUGUCUAUAGAGACUCCUCUUUUAAAGACCCAGUCGCUUACUCCCGAAACAAAUCAAACAUAGGAAGCUACAUUUUUGUCAUAAAAGCUCAAAAAACUCCUUAUUACUUAUUACUCACCUACAUAAAAGACAAAAUCGAAGACUCCUGCGUCACUUAUGACUUAAAAAUUGUGAUAGAAACCACAGAAGAAGUCGAAAACAUUUUGAAAUGCAAAGUAACAGACCACGACCUUUCCAAAGUUUUACCAAAAUCCUCAAUAGAUUUCACAAAAGAAAAAGAAAUGUAUGGAUCAGAUAAUUACGUAAUUUUCGAUAAAUGGAUGAUAGGAGAAAAAAAGUCCUUCCCUGCCGGAAUUACAUCAGAUGGUACAGAAAAUUCUAAUUUUAUGUAUGAAAUGACAAUAAAUAUCCCAGUCAAAGCUAUUGUGUCGAUCGAGUCCACUUAUGAUUUCCUCACAAAUGAUUUAAAUAUGGUUUUAUCUAAAGAUGAUGAACAAAUUAGUAAAAGUAAAUGGGAAAGUUUAACUGAUGACGAAACGGGAGAACUUAUGAAUUUCGCGAGUAUAAUUGAAAAUGAAGAACUUGAGCCUGGACAAUAUAAGCUUGUAUUAAAGCAGGCAGUAGCUUCGAAUCAUUUGAUACAGAGAUAUAAAGAUAUUGAUUCCUGCUUCCCUUUUUCUUUUAAUAUUGAAUAUAUUCCGGUAUUUGAAGAGAAAAAGUCUUCAAGCUAUAUGGUAACUUUGGCUGAUCCUGGGCAUUUGACUCAUCAUAACCCAAAUGAAGAGCUUACAAUUCUUAUUGUUUUUGAUAGUCCAAUUGCUAAUGCUAAAGAAGUUGGUAACUCUCCUCUCACAUAAACGGCAAAACGAUUGGAAAAAUCCCUACAAAUUAAAAACAUUUGCUUUAAAAUUAUCUUGAAUAAAGGAUUUUUUAAAUUUCAAAAAAAAAUGAUAUAAAAUUUAUAUAUGAAUUUAAAAAAAAAAUAAAAACUCCACUGUGAGAGAGCAAAAUUAUUUUGUUCGCUCACAGAGGGGAAGUAAGUUGGUGUCUUUAGAAAGCGACCAAUAUGAAAAAAUUACUGCUGGGAGUUUAUUAAUAUCAAAAAAUGCUCCAAAUAAAAUUAAAUUCAAAUUUGAUGCAUCAAAAUUAAAAGAAAGCACUUGUUACCAAUUGAAAAUUGAUGAAAAAUCUCAAACAGAAUCAGGUUUCCAAUUAGUGUCAGAUGGGAUUAAGCACAGCUACUGCACAAUGAGCUGCAUAUGUAAUCCUAAAGCCAACGCAAUUUGUAAUGAAGCAUUCAAAUGUGUUUGUCCAGAACCAUACACAGGAGUUACCUGUCACGAGUGUGUUGCAGGAUUUACGCCAUCGGAAGGAUUGUGCAUCAAAGACAAAAUUGAUGAGCCUUCCACCAUAACUGAAGUCACUAUCAAUGUUUCAUCUCCAAUGAAGAAAGAUGAGCUGCUUAAUAUUUUCGUUACCUUUAGUUCAGCUCCUCAUAAUUCUCAAAAAAACAAAAUUACGGCUGUGAAAAACAACAAAGUAAUUAUUGACUCUGUGUAUAUAAUCAACGAUUUAAAUCAAAAAAUUGCAAAAGCAAGCUCUGCUGCUCCUUUAAAUAAAGGCGAAACCUAGUUAACUAAUUAAGAUUAUUGAAAAGCUCCUGAGGCUCAAAUCGAGCCGCUUUUACAUGCAUAACACUUUACCGCUUGUUUCCCAGUCAGAGUUGCUCUUCUCAAAGAGGCACUGGGUUACUACGCCGUGCGUUAACGGGGUUCAAUAUCUAGAAAAUUCGAAAAAUCGAAUUUUUGGGUCACUUUCCAGCCAAAAAGGAAAUCUCGAAGCACAGAAUGCAACGCGUGGCAACGUGCUGUGAAAAGUUUCCGAUUGACUAGGAGGAACCGCACUGAUCUUGCUUGGACUUCCCUUUCCAUCUUUAAGCUCCAUCUCCUCUUGGGAUAAAACCUUGAUUUGGAGUGAGUAUGAUCGACUAAUCUGACAUUGCGAUCCACCAAACCAAGUAAAUCCGGGCAGAUACACAUCACCGUAUGCCAUCCCCCUUUUCACAAAGUCCCUGAGUCACUCUAGCUACGAGUUCUAAGACUGUGGGUUAGUUCGCCCACAUUUCAAUUCAUAUAAUAAAUGUGAAACCAAAUGGAAAUUUGAAUUCGACUCAGAAGAUUUGGCAUACGGAGCUUCUUAUUCUGUUAUAAUUGCAAAGGGUUCUUUAUUUGAUGACGAAGGAAACGAAUUCCAAGUAGCUACUUCUUUGCCUCAGUUUAAAGUAGAGCAGAAGCCUAACAAUCCUACCAUUAUUUCACCUUCAAUGAAUUGUGGACCUAAUGGAAGAAAUGCUAUAUUAGGAAAAUGUCAAUGUGAUGAAGGCUAUGCCGGAGAUUUAUGCGAUAAGUGUGAUUCCUCUUAUGAAAGAAAUGAAAAUAAUAAAUGUGAAAAAAUAAAAGCGCCUGAAGUUGUUAAUCCAGGGCAGCCUAUUGAAGCUGACCCUAAUGCUAUUGUAAUAAGUAUAACACCUGAAGGAAAACAGACAAUCGCAGAAGACAGCUUUAGUGUGGCUAUUGAAUUAUCACAGCAGGCUUACACAAAUGAAGGCUUAAUUAUAGACAAACUUACAAAUUCUGACAUAAUCGCCAAAGCCUUUGUUCUUCAAAAAUUAAAAUCCAAAAAAUUCAUUAGACCAAAAAGUGCAGCUUCAUUAGACAAAAAAGGCUUAAGGUGGGAAUUUUUGUUUAGCAAGGCUGAUUUAGAAGCAGAUGCGACCUAUAAAUUUGUCCAGGUUAAAGGUGUGCUGUACACAAAUAAAGGAAAAAUUUUCUCAGCGCCCACAAUUGUGCCACCUACAUUUGUAAUAGAAAAAGGAGAAGAAGGAAAUACAAUUAAAUGUUCACAGCAUGGGAAAAUAAAUGGCAGCAUUUGUAUAUGCAAUGAAGGGUAUACAGGAGAUGGCUGCUAUGACUGCGACACCGGCUAUGAAAAAACCUCCCAAAACAGCUGUAUUAUGACUGAAAUCAGAAAAUCAGACGAAACUUUAUUUAUUACCAACGAAAAUUCAAUUUGGGGUACCAUAUUUUACUGUUUAGGAUACCUAGCAUUAGGGCUCAGCAUUUUAUAUUUAAUCAAUAAAUAUAGAAAAGGACGAGGUGCUCCAAAAUACGAAAACAUAGAAAUGGCAACUAGGAACCAGCCAGAUGAAGAAGAAGGCAUUGACAUUCAUUCGACAAGAUUUGACAAUUUGAGAAGCAAGCCUAACAUAUUUGAUGACUAA